AUGAUCGCUAUAGGCCUUGAGGGCUCAGCUAACAAACUGGGAGUUGGGUUGAUCCUACAUCCUGACGAUGGUGGUGCGGCGCAAGUCCUUUCCAACAUCCGCCAUACCUUCGUUUCUCCCCCGGGUGAGGGGUUUUUGCCCAAGGACACGGCCAAGCAUCACCGCGCAUGGGUUGUGAAUCUUGUGAAGCGUGCUUUGAAAGAAGCUCAAGUUACAGUGAACGAUGUGGACUGUAUAUGUUACACAAAAGGCCCCGGAAUGGGCGCCCCUUUACAGAGUGUAGCAGUCGCCGCGAGGAUGUUAAGCUUAUUAUGGGGGAAAGAAUUGGUUGGAGUAAACCAUUGUGUUGGACAUAUCGAAAUGGGACGUUAUAUCACAGGAGCUCCUAAUCCAAUUGUGCUCUACGUUUCAGGGGGAAAUACCCAAGUCAUAGCCUAUUCAUCCCAACGAUAUCGAAUAUUUGGGGAAACGCUCGACAUCGCUGUUGGAAACUGUCUUGACAGAUUCGCUCGCACGCUCCAUAUUUCCAACGACCCAGCACCUGGAUACAAUAUUGAACAGCUAGCGAAAAAGGGUCGGAAAUUGGUAGACCUGCCCUAUACAGUCAAAGGGAUGGAUUGCUCUUUCUCGGGCAUAUUGGCAUCUGUGGAUGCAUUGGCUAUAUCCCUUGGGUUGGGUGGGGAAGAUCAAUCCAAUAAGGAUGCCGCCGAGAAAGCUGUAGAAGCCCUGGAUGACGCCGCGAAUGAUGACCUUCCUACUCGCGCAGAUCUCUGCUUCUCUCUUCAGGAGACGGUGUUUGCAAUGCUCGUCGAAAUUACGGAACGCGCUAUGGCGCAUGUCGGCUCUAAAGAGGUUUUAAUUGUUGGUGGUGUUGGUUGCAAUGAGCGUUUACAGGAAAUGAUGGGAAUCAUGGCUCGUGACCGGGGCGGAAGCGUUUAUGCGACUGACGAACGAUUUUGCAUUGACAACGGUAUAAUGAUUGCUCAAGCAGGCUUACUGGCGUAUAAAAGUGGAUUUCGGACUAAGCUGGAGGAUUCGACAUGUACGCAGCGGUUUAGGACUGAUGACGUUUUAGUCAAGUGGAGAGACGAUUGA